UUCUUAAAUCUGCUGAGGUUAUUACUUAUUACAGCACCCGUUUUCAUUAAUACUCAACAUUGUAGCUUCGUGAUGCCGUUGCUUCUUCAACCUUCAGACAUCAUUGAUGGUACUUUGAACCUCACCUUCUGAGCCACUUGUUUUUCUCUUUCUUCCAUUAAAGUAUUGUGAUUUCUCUUUCCCCUCGAGAAAGUGGACAUUUGUGCUUUUAAGAUACUUUCUUGGAGUGUUGUUGUCAAAAAUAACAACUUUUCUUGUGUCUGGUGCUGGAUUUGGUUCUGGGCAUCUUUGAAGUUAGACGCUUUUUGGAAGCUUGUGAUGCCUGAGAAGGUGGUGGUGAAUCAAUGGGGAGUGUGGUCCAUUCCAAUACACCAUUGGCGUGUUGGGUUGCUCACAGCUUUGGUUUUGUUUGGAAUGGUUCUUGUUUGGAGCAUUGAUGGAUGCACCGUCAAGAAUCUCAUUCAUACUUGGAGGCUUCGCCAAGAUUAUCAUCUUUCUGUUGUAAGGGUUCAUUCUCCUAACUUUACUCAUUCCAAUCCAAAUACUUUACCUUCUCAUUAUGUUCCCACUAGUUUGGAUAGAAAAGCUCAUUUAGGGUCCCAAGAUCAAGAUCCUGUUACUGUAAGUUGGAUUUCAAGUGAACUUGAAGCCAAUUUGACUUCAAACCUUCUAGCUCAUUGGUCUGCUCAUGGAGGAGAACCUUGUAAGGAUUCCAAGACUGUAGAGAUUGUGAUUCCUGGUUUGGAUGGUGGUGAAAGAAUGAUAGAGCUAUCAGCUGGUGAUGUUCAUGAGUUUGGAUUUCAUGCAUUGGAUGAGUUAGGGAAGCCUCACUGUGUUGGUGGUGAUUACUUUGAAACUGAUCUUUCAGGGGAGUCAUGGAAAUCUAGGCCUUUAGUGAAGGAUUUCAGCAAUGGUUCUUACUCUGUUUCACUGCAAGUUCAUCCAGAUUUUGAGGGGGUUUACAACUUCACCAUAAUCCUGCUUUAUAGACACUUUGAAGGACUCAAAUUCACCCCCUGGAGAUUUGUUCAUGAUCGAGUUCUUCGCAACAUUGCGAUCAGGUUCUACAGAACCAGUGCUCAAUUACCAGAACUCAAGGCUUGCAAAGCUUCUGAUUUUAGCAGGGAUGUGUGGUGUGGAAGGUGGACAAGGCAUGCCAAGAAUGAUGAAUGUCUCAUAGGUAAUGAUGGUAGGUAUCGAUGCUUAGCGCCGGAUUUUCCUUGCAAAGCUCCAUGGUGUGAUGGCUCCUUGGGAACUCUGGAGAGUAAUGGUUGGGUGUACUCAACUCACUGCUCAUUCAAGAUGUAUUCAGCUGAGUCUGCUUGGAACUGCUUGAAGGGUCGCUGGAUUUUCUUUUGGGGCGAUUCGAAUCAUGUUGACACUAUCCGAAAUAUGCUCAAUUUCAUUCUGGAUUUGCCAGAGAUUCAUGCUGUCCCAAGACGAUUUGACAUGAACUUCUCGAACCCAAAAGAUCCUUCUCAAACAAUUAGGAUUACAAGCAUCUUCAAUGGGCAUUGGAAUGAAACACAAAACUAUCUAGGAUUGGAUUCUCUGAGGGAUGAAGGGUUUCAAAAUUUGCUGUUGAAAUACUUCUCAGAAGACACAAUCCCAGACACUGUGAUCAUGAACUCUGGCUUGCAUGAUGGGGUACACUGGCGUAAUAUAAGAGCAUUUUCUGUUGGAGCAGACUAUGCAGCAUCUUUUUGGGCCGAUGUUAUGAGGACGGUGAAACAAAGGGGACUGGCAUGGCCUAGAGUCUUUUACAGGAACACUGUUGCAACUGGUGGAUAUGCAAGAUCACUAGCAUUUAAUCCCAACAAAAUGGAGGUUUUCAAUGGUGUGUUCUUAGAGAAAUUAAAGCAUGCCGGCAUUGUGUCUGGUGUGAUCGACAACUUUGAUAUGACAUUUCCAUGGCACUUUGAUAACCGUUGUAAUGAUGGUGUUCACUAUGGAAGGGCUCCGGUGAAGAUGAAGUGGCGAGACGGCCAAAUUGGGCAUCAAUAUUUUGUGGACCUCAUGUUAGCUCAUGUACUUCUCAAUGCAUUAUGUUCAACAUAGCCCUACAAUGGAUUUAGAGGGAAGUGUUAGCAUAUCCUAUAUAAAUAUAAUAUUGCAUACCCUUAGGAUUUUGAAGCUAAAAUGGUGGUGCUUGGAUCCAUCAAGUUUGGAUUCUUUCUGUUUCUGUAAAAUGAUUAGUUUGGCAUUCUUUAUUGCUCAUAGAAUUGUUAGUGUUAAAAGUGA